AUGCUGUCGUGCCGCCUCCACUGCGCCCUGGCCCUGCUCUCCAUCGCCCUGGCCCUCGGCACCGUCUCGGCCGCCCCCUCGGACCCGCGGCUCCGGCAGUUCCUGCAGAAAUCCCUGGCUGCCGCCGCCGGGAAGCAGGAACUGGCCAAGUACUUUUUGGCAGAACUGCUCUCAGAGCCCAGCCAGACAGAAAAUGAAGCCCUGGAGUCUGAGGACUUGUCCCGAGGGGCCGAGCAGGACGAAGUGAGACUGGAGCUGGAGCGCUCGGCUAACUCAAACCCCGCUCUGGCGCCCCGGGAACGCAAAGCGGGCUGCAAGAACUUCUUCUGGAAAACUUUCACAUCCUGUUAGCUUUUGAAACCCACCUCUCCUCCCCAUCCAUCCCUGCCUUCUUCCUAGCCCCCCGCCCCGAGCAGAACCUUCACCGCAAGAGGCGAAGACUGUAAAUACACGGUUAUGGUGAAAUGAAACACACGAGGAAAAUCUGAGUUCGAUUUCAAGUUGUUUUAAUAAAACUUUCUGUUCCAAUUGUA